CAAGACAAAUAAAGCAGCUCCUCGUCUCAAUGGCCGAUAUGAAUGGGACACAGUUUCCCGUCCAUGCACUCAACUCCAGCAGCUCUUGGCAGGCGGAGGCAGUCCGGGGAGUCCAAAUGGCAGCUACUGUGCUCAUCUUCCUGGUGGGUGUACCUCUGAAUGGGCUGGUGGUUUGGGUACUUGGACUGCGGCAUAAUCGCCACCUGGUGCGCAGAGGCAGCAGUGAGGAGACUCGCGCUGCCAGCAGUUUCCGAAUCUAUGUGCUGAACCUGGCCCUGGCUGACCUGGUGCUGCUCCUGCGUAUCCCCCUAAUGUUGGGCUACGUCGCUCACAACUACAGCUGGCCGUUCGGACGCGUCUUCUGCCACCUGGUCAUGUUCCUGCGAGGUCUGGGGCUCUACGCCUCCGCUUUCCUCCUCUGCGCUGUGGCCCUGGAGCGAUGCCUGUGUCUGCUGAGGCCCGUGUGGGCUCGACUGCGACGCCCCUACUGGGCCGUUCCUCUGGCCUGUGGCAUCUUGUGGCUGAUAGCCACCGUCUUGUCCGCCCCGUACUUCCACUUUGCCGUCCUGGAGGACAGAAACGGGAAAUACCAGUGCCAUGAGAGUGGGACGUUUAACACGGGGCUGUUCGUAACAGAAACCAUAGCAGGGUUCAUCUUGCCCCUGCUGGUGUUCUUGAUAAGCAACCUGGCUGUAGUGCUCACCAUUCAGCAAGCAGUCCCCCUGACCCCCACCUCCUCCUCCAACCCUUCAACGGCCCGCAGGAUGACCAGGAUGUACCACGUGCUGUUUUUCACCAUGCUCCUCUUCCUCACCUGCUGGGUGCCAUAUUUUGUGUGUCGGUUCGUGCAGGCCCUGGCUCAGGGACGGGCCAAGCUGUAUGGAGGAGCGGUUCUUGGCAAAUACAUAUCUCUGUUCCUGGUGUACAUCAAGUGUGCUCUAAACCCGGUGCUGUAUGUGUUUGCAGCCCGAGGCUUAGGCCGUGCUGUCAGAGCUUCCCUUGUCUCCACUCUUGAAAGACUUUUCGAUGAUUCCUCAGAUUCCAUACGCAGGAAGUCCCUUAAGAGCUCACUUAAAAACUCACAAAUGUAGUUGAGAGGUCAACAACGUUUUAAUGUUAAUACAGUUGGAGUCGUUUUCGUGUUAAAAUCAUGAAUGCCUUUUUGUUUAAUGUGCAAUGUCUUACAUAUAACCACUUAUAUAGCCACUGUUUUCCAAAUAGUCCAAAAACCACAGCAAAUGGACAAAUACGAUUACGAUUCUAUUUAGUGUAUAUACUGUGCAUUUUUAUUACUUCAUUUUCUUAAAUU